AGUGUCACGUGAGGCCCAGGUGGCGGCGCAGCUACGGCAAGGGAGUGAGAAGGAAGGGGAAGCCGGAAGGGGCGCGAGUGAAGCAAAGCGAGGAAAGGCAGCUUCCGAGAGGGCGAGGGGUGCGCGUGCGGCCGCUUAUCUCCUCAGGUCUCCUCUCGGCUUGGCUGCCCUCCCUCGCGGCUGGGUGACAGCUGGGCCCGGUCGGUCGCGGGCUGCCUGGGGCUCAAGGAUCGAGCACCCUGUCUUCGCGCGUGGUGCCUGCCGCCCCGCCCCCUCGUCCCGCCCGUCCCGUCCCGUCGCGUCGCGUCCCGUCCCCUCGGGUGCUGCCGGCCGGGUGCUGAUGUGAGUCGGUGGCAGCGAGGACAUUUUUUGACUCCCCGGCCCCUGACCCGGCUGCACUUUCCAUCCCGUCGCGGGGCCGGCCGCUACUCCGGCCCCAGGAUGCAGAAUGUGAUUAAUACGGUGAAGGGAAAGGCACUGGAAGUGGCUGAGUACCUGACCCCGGUCCUCAAGGAAUCAAAGUUUAAGGAAACAGGUGUAAUUACCCCAGAAGAGUUUGUGGCAGCUGGAGAUCACUUAGUCCACCACUGUCCAACCUGGCAAUGGGCUACAGGGGAAGAAUUGAAAGUGAAGGCAUACCUACCAGCAGGCAAACAAUUUCUGGUAACCAAAAAUGUGCCGUGCUAUAAGCGGUGCAAACAGAUGGAAUAUUCAGAUGAAUUGGAAGCUAUCAUUGAAGAAGAUGAUGGUGAUGGCGGAUGGGUAGAUACAUAUCACAACACAGGUAUUACAGGAAUAACCGAAGCAGUUAAAGAGAUCACACUGGAAAACAAGGACAAUAUAAGACUUCAAGAUUGCUCAGCACUAUGUGAAGAGGAAGAAGAGGAAGAUGAAGGAGAAGCUGCAGAUAUGGAAGAAUAUGAAGAGAGUGGAUUGUUGGAAACAGAUGAGGCUACCCUAGAUACAAGCAAAAUAGUAGAAGCUUGUAAAGCCAAAACUGAUGCUGGCGGUGAAGAUGCUAUUUUGCAAACCAGAACUUACGACCUUUACAUCACUUAUGAUAAAUAUUACCAGACUCCACGAUUAUGGUUGUUUGGCUAUGAUGAGCAAAGGCAGCCUUUAACAGUUGAGCACAUGUAUGAAGACAUCAGUCAAGAUCAUGUGAAGAAAACAGUGACCAUUGAAAAUCACCCUCAUCUGCCACCACCUCCUAUGUGUUCAGUUCACCCAUGCAGGCAUGCUGAGGUGAUGAAGAAAAUCAUUGAGACUGUUGCAGAAGGAGGGGGAGAACUUGGAGUUCAUAUGUAUCUUCUUAUUUUCUUGAAAUUUGUACAAGCUGUCAUUCCAACAAUAGAAUAUGACUACACAAGGCAUUUCACAAUGUAGUGAAGAGAGCAUAAAAUCUAUCCUAAUUAUUGGUUCUGAUUUUUAAAGAAUUAACCCAUAGAUGUGACCAUUGACCAUAUUCAUCAAUAUAUACAGUUUCUCUAAUAAAGGGACUUAUAUGUUUAUGCAUUAAAUAAAAAUAUGUUCCACUACCAGCCUUAUUUGUUUAAUAAAAAUCAGUGUAAAGAGA